AUGGACUCUUUCACUGAUGCUCUUAUUGCAUCGAAGCUCUCGAAGUGCCUUCCACCGACCGGAGUCGGAAUCGGUCCAAUCUUUCCGUGGAUCUGUUGGUCCAUUUGGAAAUCCCGAAACAGCCUCCUUUUUGAAGAGCGACGGUUCUCACCAGAAGACACUAUCACAAAAGCAAUAACGGAUGCGAGAGAAUGGCAGCUUGCCCAAACCCCUGAACCUGGUAAUAACCCUUCCCAUUCAUCGGCUCCGACCCCUCUUCAUCAACCAGGAUCCAUCGUCUGUUUCACGGACGGUGCCUGGAGGGCUGACAUCAAAACUGCUGGAAUUGGAUGGAUUCUCUUUGAAGAAGGCGGAUCUGAAAUCACUAAGAACCGAUCUACCAUCCCCUUCGUGAACAGUCCUCUGAUUGCCGAAGCUUUAGCCAUCCGAGAAGCUUUAAACCACGGCCUUUUGCUGGGCCUAACCUCAAUCAAAAUCAAGUCUGACGCUCAACUCCUCAUCAGAGCCAUCAACAUGCACGAGCAGAUCAAGGAGAUCUAUGGUCUCCUCUUCGAUAUCCACGCUCUUGCCUCUCUCUACAGUUCGUCUUCUUUCUAUUUUAUCCUGAGAUCGGAAAAUUCAAGAGCUGAUGCUUUCGUUAAACUCUCUCUAUGUAAUCUGAACUCCUCAGCUACCCCUUUGUGUUCCACCUAA